AUGAAUGAAACUACAGACAAACUUAACUCUUCUCUUAUUCUUCCUUUCAGCAAAGAUUAUGAAUUCUGUUCAAAUGGCGUUUAUUUCUAUUGUGGAAAGAUGGGUUCAGGUAAGACAUUUAACCUCAUUCGUCAUAUACUCAUAACAGAGCGUUUAGGAAACGACUCUUACUAUGACCAAAUCAUUAUAUCAGCAACUUCAGACUCUAUGGAUUCAACAGCGAAAACAUUUAUGUCAAAAGUUCAAGCCUCUGUCGUUAAAGUUCCAGACAGUGAACUCAUUGAAUUUCUUCAACGUUACAUUCGACGUAAGAGGAAAUAUUAUGCCAUCGUAGAGUUCAUAUAG